AUGUCGGGAGUCUUGAACUUGAAUUUCUUGGAGAACAAAUAUUCAGAAAAUAUAAUAGCAGAGAUGUCAUCUAAUUGUGAGGUUUGUAAAACCUCUAGAAGCUUAUACACUUGCCCAAGAUGUUCAGUUAAAUAUUGCUGUAAAGAAUGUUAUACUAGUCAUGGUGAAUCUAGGUGUCAUUCUCUAUUCUGUCAAUCACUAGUUGCCGAAAAUCUUAAAAACCUUAGGGUGACAGAUAGUGAUAUUGGAAACUUUUCAAAACGCAUUAGCUCACUGCUUAGAGAGGAAGACUCUUCUGACAGUUUAAUAAAUGGUAAAUUUGAUCAUAAUAAAGAUAGAAUAGAAUAUUUAAUUGGUUUGGUUGAAAAGAAUGCUAUUUCAAUUGAUGACUUGACAGUUGAGGAGCUUCAAAUGUUUGAGGAAGAUAUACAGAAUAAAGAAUUAGUUAAAGAAAUAAUAGGGAAGAAUUUUUCACCAUUUUGGUGUAGUAAAGUUCAAGAAGUUUCAACAAGUCAUGUAAUAUCAAUAAGCCAUGUAUGUUGUACUAUGACUAAAGGUAAAGUACUAUCUAGCACUGUAGUAUUUUCUAUUUUGGAGCUUUUUUAUAUAUAUGCAUCUAUUUAUAGAACAACAAUCGGUGAAGGAUUUGAUGAUGAAGGAAAGUUAUACAAAUUAUACCUCAGAAAAAAACAGCCACAUAGAUCACUUCAGAAUUUACUUGAAAGUUGUUGCAAUUUUCUUAGUACUUUUUAUGGUAAAGAAGCAAUUAAGCAGGGAUCUCAAGGAAUUUUUGGACUUUUAUGGUUUGAUGUUUUGCAAAUUUCUGAUAAUUAUGGAGUUCUAGUUUUAAAUAAAAUUGGAAAUAAAAUAGAUUCAAGGUAUAAGAAGUAUAAUGCAAAACUUGAAUACUUCCAAUCCUUCCUAACUUAUCACGAUAAUAUCGUCGCCUUAUAUAAGUCUGAACUAAGGUUGAUUUUAGAAAAAUCCUAA